GAUAUCAAGCUCUGCCCUGCAAGGGUUAGGCCUUUGCUUUCAGUCCUGGCUGAGUGACAAGCUCCCACAGACCGGUUGCUCUGAGAGACGGAAUUCAAUUGCAUGGUGCAAAGGGAAGGCUUGGAAUUUCUGCAAGAAUAAGCCCCCAGCCCACCCCUCACGUGAGACUGCUCUCCUGUAGGCUACAAUGUGUCAGUUGUUAUAAAAUCCGAGAGGCGGAGCCUGGUGACGAGGGAGGCUGGCGUUGCGGGGAGCACGGCCCUGCAGGGCGAGCAGUCCGGCCCUGGUUCCUGAGCUCCAGCGUCGCAGCUGCACAGCCUCCUGGCACCACUCCCCGCGGCGCCGACCUGGGAGGAUGCGAGAUGACCAGCCCCUUGGCAACCUGACCAUCUCCUCCACAGAACCUUCCAGAGCCUGCCCAGGGCUGAGCGCUGCAGCCAGGCGUCCCUUGGAUGUGUGAGUGUGCGUGUGUGUGUGAGGGAGUGUGUGUGUGUGUGAGGGAGUGUGUGUGUGUCCGAAUGAGUGUGCGAGUACAUGCGUGAUUGUGUGCGUUCAUGCGUGUGUGUGACCGUGCGCGUGCGUGUGUGCUUGUGGGUCUUAUUUUUUGGAAGCAAAAUCUGGAAAGUCUGGGACAGGUUACAGCACUCCUGGAGUUAGCUUCUUCAUCUGUAAGAGGACCUGCCCAAUAUCAGGCGACUAGAGACAUUUCCCAGCCAGCAAAGAGAAUCAGUCUUCCUCCCAGAAGCCCAGGGAUUUUUCUCCGGGAGCCUGCAGCCUGCUUCCCGAAGCCAGCCAGCCUGCCCGGGUGAAAGGGAUCAGCACCUCACCCUCUCAAACCUGUGAAAUCAACUUGAGCUGAAAUAAACCCAACAGCCUGUCGCUGCCUUUGGGCCACACUGGAAGAUGUCAUCUCAAACUAAGUUCAAGAAAGACAAAGAGAUCAUCGCAGAAUAUGAAGCCCAAAUAAAAGAGAUCCGCUCGCAGCUGGUGGAGCAGUUCAAAUGCCUGGAGCAGCAGUCCGAGUCGCGGCUGCAGCUGCUGCAGGACCUGCAGGAGUUCUUCCGCCGCAAGGCUGAGAUCGAGCUGGAGUACUCCCGUGGCCUGGACAAGCUGGCCGAGCGCUUCUCCUCCAAGAUCCGCAGCUCCCGGGAGCACCAAUUCAAGAAGGACCAGUACCUCCUGUCACCUGUGAACUGCUGGUACCUGGUUCUGCAUCAGACCAGGCGGGAGAGCCGAGACCACGCCACCCUCAACGACAUCUUCAUGAACAAUGUCAUUGUGCGCCUCUCCCAAAUCAGCGAGGACGUCAUCAGGCUGUUCAAAAAGAGCAAGGAGAUCGGCCUGCAGAUGCAUGAGGAGCUGCUGAAGGUCACCAAUGAGCUCUACACGGUCAUGAAAACCUACCACAUGUACCACACGGAAAGCAUCAGCGCGGAGAGCAAGCUGAAGGAGGCAGAGAAGCAGGAGGAGAAGCAGUUCAGCAAGUCGGGGGAGCUGAGCAUGAACCUGCUGCGGCACGAGGACCGGCCCCAGCGCCGCAGCUCCGUGAAGAAGAUCGAGAAGAUGAAGGAGAAGAGGCAGGCCAAGUACUCCGAGAACAAGCUCAAGUGCACGAAGGCCCGGAAUGACUAUCUGCUCAACCUGGCGGCCACCAACGCGGCCAUCAGCAAGUACUACAUCCAUGACGUGUCCGACCUCUUAGACUGCUGUGACCUGGGCUUUCACGCCAGCCUGGCACGCACCUUCCGUACCUACCUCUCGGCCGAGUACAACCUGGAGACAUCAAGGCACGAGGGCCUGGAUGUCAUUGAGAACGCCGUGGACGGGCUGGACUCACGCAGCGACAAGCACACGGUCAUGGACAUGUGCAACCAGGUCUUCUGUCCGCCCCUCAAGUUCGAGUUCCAGCCCCACAUGGGGGACGAGGUGUGCCAGGUCAGCGCCCAGCAGCCCGUGCAGACAGAGCUUCUCACGCGCUACCACCAGCUGCAGUCUCGGCUGGCCACUCUCAAGAUCGAGAACGAGGAGGUGAGGAAGACACUGGACGCCACCAUGCAGACGCUGCAGGACAUGCUGACCGUGGAGGACUUUGAUGUCUCGGACGCCUUCCAGCACAGCCGCUCCACCGAGUCGGUGAAGUCAGCCGCUUCUGAGACCUACAUGAGCAAGACCAACAUCGCCAAGAGGAGGGCCAACCAGCAGGAGACCGAGAUGUUCUAUUUCACGAAGUUCAAGGAGUACGUGAACGGCAGCAACCUCAUCACCAAGCUACAGGCCAAGCACGACCUGCUCAAGCAGACGCUGGGCGAAGGGGAGAGAGCAGAAUGUGGCACGACCAGUAGAAGAGAUGGACGGCUUAGGCUGCCCCACUUUCCUUGGCUGAGCUGCUCUCCUGCCCCCCACUUUGUACCCCACCCAGCACUUCAAGGAAGAAGAAAUGCUCGAACCAGGAACCAGGACUCAGGACAAGCCAUACCUCUCGUGGUGGAAAGCUGUAUCCGGUACAUCAACUUAUAUGGUCUGCAGCAGCAAGGCAUCUUCCGAGUGCCUGGGUCUCAGGUUGAAGUCAACGACAUCAAAAACUCCUUCGAGAGAGGUGAAGACCCCCUGGUGGAUGACCAAAACGAACGUGAUAUCAAUUCAGUGGCUGGUGUUCUGAAGCUGUACUUUCGAGGACUGGAGAACCCACUCUUUCCUAAGGAAAGGUUUCAGGACUUGAUAUCCACCAUCAAGCUGGAGAGCCCGGCCGAGCGAGUGCACCACAUCCAGCAGAUCCUUGUCACGCUGCCCCGCGUGGUGCUCGUGGUCAUGCGGUACCUCUUCGCUUUCCUCAACCACCUCUCGCAGUACAGUGACGAGAACAUGAUGGACCCCUACAACCUGGCCAUCUGCUUCGGGCCCACCCUCAUGCACAUCCCCGAUGGCCAGGACCCUGUGUCCUGCCAGGCACAUGUUAACGAGGUCAUCAAGACCAUCAUCACCCACCACGAAGCUAUCUUCCCCGGCCCCCGUGAGCUGGAGGGGCCUGUGUACGAGAAGUGCAUGGCAGGCGGUGAGGAGUACUGUGACAGCCCUCACAGCGAGCCAGGGACCAUUGAUGAGGUUGACCACGACAACGGCACUGAGCCCCACACCAGUGAUGAAGAGGUGGAGCAGAUAGAGGCCAUCGCCAAGUUUGACUAUGUGGGCCGCUCCCCGCGUGAGCUGUCCUUCAAGAAGGGAGCCUCCCUGCUCUUAUACCACCGCGCCUCUGAGGACUGGUGGGAGGGCCGCCACAACGGCGUGGAUGGACUCAUCCCUCACCAAUACAUUGUGGUCCAGGACAUGGACGAUGCCUUCUCUGACAGCCUGAGCCAGAAGGCGGACAGCGAGGCGAGCAGCGGCCCCCUGCUGGACGACAAGGCCUCCUCCAAGAAUGACCUGCAGUCCCCCACAGAGCACCUGCCCGACUAUGGCUUCGGGGGGGUCAUGGGCCGGGUGCGGCUGCGAUCUGACGGAGCCGCCAUCCCCAGGCGCCGGAGUGGGGGUGACACGCACAGCCCUCCACGGGGCCUGGGCCCCGGCAUAGACACGCCGCCCAGGGCCGCCGCCUGCCCCAGCAGCCCCCACAAAGUCCCCCUCAUCCGGGGGCGCAUGGAGAGCCCCGAGAAGCGCAGGAUGGCGACGUUUGGCAGUGCGGGCAGCAUCAACGACCCGGACAAGAAGGCCGCGUCCACCUGCGGCUCCACCCGGCACAGCAGCCUGGGGGACCACAAGUCCCUGGAGGCCGAGGCCCUGGCAGAAGACAUUGAGAAGACCAUGAGCACCGCCCUGCACGAGCUGCGGGAGCUGGAGCGGCAGAACACGGCCAAGCAGGCCCCGGAUGUGGUGCUGGACACGCUGGAGCCCCUCAAACACCCGGGGGGCCCCGCCAGCUCCGAGCCCGCCAGCCCCCUGCACACCAUCGUCAUCCGGGACCCCGAUGCCGCCAUGCGCCGCAGCAGCAGCUCAUCAGCCGAGAUGAUGACCACCUUCAAGCCCGCGCUGUCGGCCCGCCUGGCCGGCGCCCAGCUACGCCCGCCACCCACCAGGCCCCUGCGGCCCUCGGCCCAGCACCGCUCCAGUAGCAGCAGCAGCUCAGGAGUGGGCAGCCCGGCUGUCACCCCCACCGAGAAGGUGUUCCCCAACAGUUCCACCGACAAGUCAGGCACCAUGUGACCCGGGGGCUCGGCCCCAGGGGGCCCCAGGAUGGCCACCACGGCCACCGCUACUUCCCGGCCAGGCCUUCCUUCCCGGGAGAUGCCCCCAGCCAGGGAGCUGGGCCUGGGACUCCUCGGCAGGUGCUCCAGGUCAGCUAUGUGGACCACACCGGCCGGCCUCGGGGAUGGUGAUCGAAGGCCCCUGGGGGCACCUGCCCACACACAUCACUGGAAAAUGCCCUGUGAUCCUGGCUCCCCCGGGGGACCCGCAUGUGCAGCCCCCGCGUCCAUCUGUGGGCUCGUGUGUGUACAUAUAUUUAUGCAUCUGUACACAGCCCGACCAGGACGCCAGUGUACAUAGGAUCCCCUCUCUCCUUUUUAUGAAACUCACUUAGAUUUACCUCAGACCUGGGCCACCACCGCACACCUCGCGCUGAAGUCACUCUGGGAGCUGCAGGGACUGCUGGGGAGAGCCUGGAGGCCCGAUGUGACCACAAAUGAACGAAGCAAUAUACCACCCGCCUGCGGAGAACUUGGGGCCCACACAGGCCAGCCCCCUCCCCACUAUCCCUCUCCAGAAGUCGUGGCCUUCCGGAACAGUCUGCCCCCUACAAGGACAGGGUGGACCCUAGACCCCGCAGGCUUCUCCUCGAGGUGGGGGCCCCUCACCUGAGCCCUUCUGCCACCCCCAGAGGCCCUGCCUUCUCCAACCCCCCCCCCCAAAAAAUAAAAAGCUUAGGAGGACUUUGGUGAGAAGAGCCCAGACCUGGGCCUCCUCCUGAGGGCACUGGAGGUGGGUGUGUGAAGCAGAGCCCCCUCCUCAGCACAGUGAAGUGUGGGAUUGGCAAGGCAAACACAGAGCAUAGUGGGGGUGGGGGUACCUCUCCAAACCUAGGGAUGCUGUAGGAAUAAAUCUGUAGUGACUAUAGAGGCAUAACACACACCAUUGUCAAACAUUUAAUUUUGUCUUUUUCCUCUUUCUACUAAUGAUCCCUGUCGGCUCUGGACGUAAACAGACCAGAAGGCUGCUGGCUACCCCACCGCUUUCUUUUAGUUUAAAAUCCAGCCAUGGGGCCAGUUCAGAUCAGGGACCCCCAAGGCCUGUCCCCAGCACUUCCGCUCCCAGGGAGGGAGAGUCGAGUUCCUGCAGGUGAAGCGCUCCCCUCUCCUUCCUCCCUGCUUGCUUCAGUGCUGCCCAGGCCUCUGGCCCAGGAGUGUGGGGGGAGAGCAGGGGCGCAGACCCCCACAGUGUGAGCAAGUCUUGAGUCUCCUGAUCUCUUCACUUCCAGGAAAGGGCUGUUUCUGGCUCAAGGAAUGUGGGUGAACCCCCUCCCCAUGGGGGCCACUGUGACUGACUGACCCCCUUUUUCCUCCAUGUUGGGGUGUGUCUCCAAGGCUGUGAGGGGUGAGGGUGGGGGGCAUGGGUCCUGAACCACCACGGAGGAGCUGAGGAACUCGGGCAUCACGAUCCCUUCCCAGGGGCUGCUCUACAGAGCGAGAUAGCAGGCCUCAAUGCUGAGGGAGCCAGCUAUGUAAACUAGACAGCACUGUGCCAACCAGUCGCUAUUACUAUUAUUAUUAUUGUGUCUUUUAGACAAAAAAAAAUAAAAAUAAUGAUCAUCAUCCAGGGCCUUCCUUGGGAAGACUCCCAAUGGCGUCUGAGAAGUGGGGUUUCCUGCCAGCUACUGGAACUCAGGCCCACAGCUCAGAUGCCCCUUAAUGCUUGAACCCCCCCCCUCCCCGCUGCCACUUGAGCCCAGUUCUCCCCUCACCUCUGACUCUCCAGCAAAAGGGAGCUGCUCCCCUGGCCCCACCCCUCAGGGAGAGCAGGUAGUGGCCUCAGUUCCCAGGGCUGGCAGAGGGAAAGGAAGAAUCUAGAAAGGGGCACACAGAGAGCGUCAGGGAGAGGCAGGACCAACCUGAACUGGUGCCUGUCAACUCCCAGAAAAGACUGAGGCUUGGAGGCAGGCAGGAGCCAACUGGGUCAGGACCACAGGAGGACAAGGCCUCUUCCAGCUCAGGAAAGGUAGCGGGAGACCUGGCCAGGCUGGCUGCCCUGGCUGUGGGUCACCCUUCUUCAGGAUACACUGCCUCCCACCGGCACCAGGCCCUCUCUCUGCCAGCCCCAAGGUGCCCCCCAGACCUUAACUUCAGCCGCUUCCCAUGCAGACACAGACACUGGACCUGGGCUGCUCUGCCCAUCAGCCCUUGUGGGUUCUCCCCCAACCUGGUAACUUCUUCCUUAUUCUCCAUAUGCUGAGACCUGCCCAGAGGUGGGCCCUUCCCUGUCCUCUUCCAGAUCCUGCUUGCCCUUUAGAAAAGCAACUGAUAGACCCAGGCCUAGGGAAUGUCCCACCCCACUCACCCUCUGAGCCUGGAUGCAGAACCAAAGGGAAAAAGACACCCCUUUCCCGCCCCCCACCCCCCAGCCCUCCCUCCUCCGACUCUGCAUGUGCCUGCCGCCUGUCGCCCAACGUCCAGUACCCUGCCUGUGUUAGUCCACUCUGUAACGCCCUCGCUCUUACAGUGCUGGAAGGUGACUGUUCAGAUGUGAAGCUGUAGUCGGUUCAUUUAUUUUUUUGAAGGCUCCAUUUCAGUGGUAGCUGAGGCCACUUACCAGAACUUUGCACCCCGUAGACAUAGAUUAGGGUAACAAAACAAAACAAAAAACCCACAUUUCCAGAAACCCAACUGUACCCGAGUGGGGGGAACGUAGUCACCCAGCUAGUUGUCCUCAGUGUGACCAGUUGUACCCGGAGCCGUGUCACGCCAUUUCUCAGAGCUCUGCUGACCAAGGUGGUCGAUGAGAAUGGGCAUUUUUAUCUUUGCUUUUUCCCCUUGGCUUCUCAGAAUGAUUUCUUUUCUUACCCCUGGAGUUCACCCUGAGGUGACCAAUGUCCCAUCUAUUUUAGGACUGAACCAGCCAGCGAGUUCAUUUAAAAACUGGCCAAAGACACUUCAUUCCUGGUCCAGUUUCCCGCGGCCCCAUGGAGACCUUUCUCUUCCUCCUCCUCCUCCGAGAAGAUUGAGAACAAGCUGUGCUUCCUGCCCUUCUCUCUAUCUCUCUCUUUCUCUCUCCCUCCUUCCCCUCCUUCCUUCUAGGAGAGCUGCUCUGAGCUGUGGGAAUCUAUGAAAAAUUCUUGCCUUUCCUUGUUUUCAGUGCUAACGAUUUCUCACCUUGAAGCGCCUUUUUUGAACCCUGGGUAGAGUGCAUGAGCGGCAGAGUUGUGAGCUUGGGAAUUGGACCCGGGAGGCUGGCCUGGCUGAGGGGCCAGGAGGACAGACAGAUUCCCAAGGGAGGACGGAGAGAGCCAAGUGGGCAAACACCAGGGAGGCAGCAGGGAAGCAGUGCUUAGCGAUCUGCCUUAUAGACUCUUAAACCCCAGCUCCUGGCACCCUCGAGGAGCCUCUGCCUUGUCCCUUAUUGGGUCUGUUUCUUCCUCAUCCAGGAGGCUGGAUGUGGAGGAGGACUUCCUGGAGGAGGACUUCCUGGGAGUGGUAGGUCCUGACCACCUGAGGAUGAGAGGGAUGGUUCUUCCUCUCUGUCUCUCCCUCCCUGACUUUCCACACCUCUGGAUGGUUCUGUGCUCACUGGAGCAAAUGCCUCUCUGGAGAUACCUGGGAGGCAGCAUGGUGGGCUGGCAGCCCUGUUGGCAGGCUCUGGGGGCAGAAGGAUGGAAGGGGUGAGGCUGGGUGUUGCUUGGCUGAGUCUCUGCUAUGCAGAGCCAAGGUAGCCAUUUCCUGCCCUCUUCCUCUUCUUGGGGGGGGACUCCUGAGCAGCAGCCUAGAGAACCCCCACUUCCCUGAAGUUGGGACACAGUCACUCUCUGGCCCUGUGGGACUGGAUGCCACUUGUUGCCCUUGUUUCUGUGUGACCUGUCCCAGGCAAGUCACACAGCUGUCCCGGGAGCCCGAGCGGCCAGCUGUCUUGGCCCUCCCGGGAAGGACGCUGCUCAGAAUGAUGUUUACACGGUUUGGCGUAGGUGCGGGUCUGAUUGCAUCAGGUGGCUGGUCAACUUCCUUCUCCUUUGGUUUCCUUCCUCCCCAACUGUGUCAGGAAAAAAGAAAAGGAAAAAAAAACUAUAUAUAAAAUAUAUAUAAAUGAGCCCAGUCUAGGGAAUUGCUGGUUGCCUGUCCCCUUUAGUCCCUCCCCAGCCCCUCCCCUUCUGGACCUCAGUCUCCCACCCCCACCCUAGUCCGUCUGUCUGUCUGUCCUAUAGAGUGUCUGGAACCUUUGUUGCGUAUUCUGACGGUGCCUGCUGGUUUGACGUGGAGCUAGCUAUCCUGUGAAAUAAAACAGCUUAACUUUU